AUGCCGGGUUUGGUGUGGCAGCUGUUUGCCUUCAAUCUGGUGUUCACGCCUGAGUGGGUCCGUGGGUUUACCUGCACUCGGGGUUUGUCAUGUGAGGAUUGUGUGUGUGACUUUACUGACAACUGUGGAGAUGGUAUCAAUGAGGAAAACUGCCCUGGAUAUAAGAGGUGUAACUUUGAGGUGGGAUUCUGUGAAUUCACUCAAAGCUCGGAGACGUUUUCUGAAUGGAACAGAACAAAUGAAGUCCCCGGACUCGAUCAUGACCACACCAACAACACAGCGUACUUCCUGUCUUUGUUACCUGUUGGAGGAAACAGAACCACAGCAGACCUGAGCGGCCCUGUAUUCCAGCCCAGUCAGACUUGUCAGAUGAGUUUCUAUUAUUACGUUGCGGCGGCACAUGGAGAUCUGCAGGUCCUGGUUCAAGCUCAUCCUCUGGCUCAGAGCACGGUGUUGUGGAAACACUCACAACAACCACAGACGGAAACAUGGCAGCCGACCAUGAUUCACUUUGCCAGCAAUCACAGUUUUCAGGUUGUUGUUCGUGGGGAGUUUUCAGCCGACAGUGAAGUCUCUGAGGUCCUGGCCAUCGACGACCUAUCCUUCAGUCCCGGCUGUCUGACUGUGACCGAGAGCAGUCUGCCCCCUCCCACCGCUUGCCCUCCCUCGUGGUUUGCCUGUGGUGGUGGGAAUUGCAUCAAGAAUAGCAAAGUGUGCGAUUUCACCCCAGACUGUCCCCACGGAGAGGAUGAAGCCAGCUGCCCCUCUGUGUGUGAUUUUGAGGACGGGUCCUGCGGCUGGUACGAGCUCACUCUUGGCGAUGGCUUUGACUGGGUCAGGGGGUCAUCUGUGGAGGUGCCGUCUGACUACUACAACCACCCACCGCCUUUGGACCACUCCACAAACAGCACCAAAGGCCACUUCAUGUUUAUAUUUAAGAACAGCAGCAGUCUUCAUCCUAGAGCCAUUCUUCGAGGACCGUGGUUCCAACAGUCGGCCACUGGCUGUACCAUGACCUUCUGGCAUUACAACUCAGGCAUAUCAGUGGGGGCUGCUGACAUGUACCUUCGAAUCAACGAAAGCCACAACAACACCAUCAUAUGGAGAACUUUAUAUGACCAGGGACCUCUUUGGCACCAGGUGACCGUGCAGCUGGGACGCAUUACCCAGCCCUUCCAGAUUGCUCUAGCUAAGAUCAGCCUUGGUGUGUUUGAUGGGGUCUCCGCCUUGGAUGACAUCACCUUCAAAAAUUGUUCGAUGCCUCUUGCAGUGGACAAGUGUCCCCCGCACACACAUUUCCACUGCGUGCACACCAAAGCCUGUGUGGAGCACCUGCAGCUGUGCGACCUUGUGGACGACUGCGGAGAUGGAUCAGAUGAGGAAGGAUGUUCUCCAGAGCUGCAGUGUAACUUCGAGCACGGGCUGUGCAGCUGGAAGCAGGAGCAGAGUGGAGGAGAUGUGUUCGACUGGACUCGCAUCCAAGGUCCCACUCCCUCAUUAAACACAGGACCCUGGAAGGACCACACACUGGGCACCAGCCUAGGCCACUAUCUCUACAUCGAGUCAUCUAUCCCGCAAGAGUUUAAGGACACGGCGGUGUUACUGAGCCGAGUUUUCCGACCCACGCACCUGCAAGGCAAGGACCCUUCCAGGUCCCGCCACUACUGCGUUUUCCGCUUUCAUUACCACAUGUUUGGAUCCCAGGUGUUCCGUCUGGCAGUGUACCUGAGGACCACAGCCACAGGCCGUGGUCUCAUGCUGUGGGUACGAUAUGGAGACCAAGGAAACUUAUGGCACAGAAAGACUCUCUACCUCAACAGUGCUCGCCCUUUCCAGAUUUUGAUUGAAGGUACCGUUGGAGAUGAUUUCAAUGGAGACAUUGCCAUUGAUGACCUCUCCUUCCUGGACUGUCUACCUUAUGAAGGAGAGCUCCCCACGGUGAAUACCACUAACCCUACAGUGACCUCUCCACCUUCUACUGUCCUGCCUCACAGCUGCCCUGAUGGAGAGUUUGUUUGUGGGACACACGGGGAGUGUGUUCCCCAGAGCAAAGAGUGUGACUUCAGACCUGACUGCUCUGAUGGCUCCGAUGAACUAAACUGUGUGAAGGAACAAUGUGACUUUGAAGGCGGUGACACUUGUGGUUGGAGGAGCAUCCAUCCCUCUUUGGUCCCAAUCCAUGAAUUUCGCUGGUCCCCUGAUCAAGGGGAGAGCGUCCAUGAUGGAGAGCAAUACGAUCGGCCUGUUCAUGACCACACACUAGGCAGUCCUGAGGGUUGGUACAUGUAUGCAGACAGUUCAAAUGGUGGCUAUGGUCAAAUCGCUGACCUUCUCACUCCCAUCAUCUCCUCCACUGGGCCUCAUUGCACCCUCAUCUUCUGGUACCACAUGAGUGGAUUCACUGUGGGCUCACUGCAGGUGCUGCUAAUGCACGGAAAUGUCACUCAUGAGGUUUGGUCUCAGACUGGUAACCAAGGCAACAAAUGGAGACGAGGAGAGGUUUUUCUGGGGUUAUCAAACAACUUCCAGGUGGUUUUCAGAGCUAAGCGAGGUAUCAGUUACAUGGGAGAUGUGGUGAUAGAUGACGUCAGCUUCCUGCACUGUUCCCCUCCACUUCCUUCAGAUCAGCCGUGUACACCUGAGCAGUACGCCUGUGCAAACGGCCACUGCAUCCCUCAGGACGACCUUUGUGACUUCAUUAACCACUGUGGGGACAACUCUGAUGAGGACCCCUACAUCUGCAAGGGCUUUAGUGGACGCUGCAGUUUUGAAUUUGAUCUUUGUUCCUGGCGCCAGAGUCGAGGGGAUGACUUUGACUGGCUCAUCAAAGCGGGCAGCACUCCGACAGUUGGCACCGGGCCGUCCAGUGACCACACCCUAAGAGACCCCUCAGGGCACUACCUCUACCUUGAAAGCUCUUUUCCACACUCAGUCGGACACAUAGCCCGUAUAUCUGGACCCAUGCUAAGCCACAGGAGCUCACAGUGCAAGAUGCGUUUCUACAUUCACAUGUCCGGCGACGGCAUCGGGACGCUCAGCGUCUUCAGGAAAACUGAAGGGAAUCUCCAUCUUCUACUGAACCUGACGGGAGACCAGGGCAACUACUGGCAGAUGAGGGAAAUCCCUCUGAGCCACACCACAGACUUCCAGGUCACGUUUGAGGGCAAAGUGGGCAGCAGCUCGAAGGGUGAUGUCUGCUUGGAUGACAUCACGUUCUCUCCUGGAUGUCUGCUUACCUCCUCUGCUGGAUUUGAGGAAAACACUCCUGCAACUCCUGCAGGCUCUUGUCCUUCAGGCUUCCUGCAGUGUGAAAAUUGCCAAUGUUUCACUGCAGGGCAGAGUUGUGACUUUGCAGACGACUGUGGCGAUGGUACCGAUGAAAAGGACUGUGGGACUUCCUGCUCCUUUGAGAAUGGUCGCUGUGGCUGGAAGAGCUCCCUGGCUGAUAAUUUCGAUUGGACGCUCGGGACUGGAUCGGUCCAAAGCAUACGGCCUCCAUAUGACCACACGUUAAUGGAUGAAAACGGACAUUUCGUCUAUCUGGAAGCUACACCAGUGGGACUCAAAGGUGAUAAAGCUCACAUCCGAAGCUCCAUUUGGAAGGAGUCUAGUGCCGUCUGCAAACUUGCUUUCUGGUACUACAUUUCCCACAAGGCAUCAGGCACCAUCCGACUGCUGAUCAAGACGGACAAUGAUUUGUUGGAAGUGUGGAAUAAAACGGGGCACCAGGGGAAUAAGUGGAACCGAGCUGAGGUCCCUCUGAGGAAGCUGAGGAACUUUGAAGUGAUAUUUGAGGGCAUUCGCGCAAUGGACGUGAGCGGAGGAGCUGCUCUGGACGACCUGGAGUUCAUAGACUGUGCCCCAAACUCUGUGGUGCCAGUCAUCUGUCCUGCAGUCACAGACUUUGUGUGUCACAGUGGCGAUUGCAUCGAAUCCCACCUGGUGUGCGACAAUAAGCCAGACUGUGCUGAUGAAUCCGAUGAGAUGGAUUGUGACCUUGGAGUUGACUCUCCAGGUGGCUGUAAUUUCAACAUGGAUGCAAACCAGUGGGAGGAAAUCUGUCAGCUCUUUCAGGACCCUGAUGAUGACUUUGACUGGAGGAUAGAUCAUCAGACAGAGACACCGGGAGCUGGACCGCACACUGACCACAGCCCCGGUGGAGGAGGGAAAUUUCUCUACAUACACUCAGCCACUCAGAGGGAGGGCGACGUUGCCAGGGUGACGACCAGGCAUCCGUUUCCUGCCAGCAUCGGUCUGUGUCACCUGCGCUUCUGGUUCUUCAUGCACGGCUCAGACAGGAUGGGAACGCUGAAGGUCUAUACUUCAGGACCUAGUGGUACCAGUCUGUUGAUGUGGGCAACCACUGGAAACCAUGGCAACCAGUGGAAGUAUGCUAAUGUCAUCCUGUCCAACCCCGCACCUUUUAGAGUGACCUUCCAGGCAGAAGUGGGCGGAGACAUGUGGACAGACAUUGCCCUGGAUGACGUCUCCUACACCGCAGAGUGUACGGUCGGAGGUCCAGUAACUCCUCAGCCUCUCACCUGUGGAGUGGACCAGUUCCAGUGUGCAUACUCCUUUCAGUGCAUCCCAGAAAGCUGGCGGUGUGACGGAGAACCUGACUGCGCUGAUCGGUCUGACGAAGAGCAAUGCCCGACCUUGGGGCCUGGUACUCUUCCCCCUCAAGACAGCUGUCCUACUGGGUAUUAUCAGUGUUCCAACUCCCUCUGCCUUCCCUCCAUACUGCGCUGUGACAGAGUCCCCGACUGCCCUGAUGGAGAGGAUGAGUUUAGCUGCCCUCUGCUGCAGUGUGAGCUGGGAGAACUGGUGUGUGAACAAGGUCCACCUGGUUGUAUCCCACCUCAGAAGCGCUGUGACCACUCCACCGAUUGUCUCCCUUUUCACUCUGAUGAGUCCAGCUGCCAUGAUUGUCCUCUGAUGUACUGCCUGGAUCACGGCUCAUGCCAUAUACAGAAACAUGGGCCUGUAUGCACGUGUGAUCCAGGGUGGACGGGAAACCGAUGCCAUGUGCGAGAGAAGCCAUCUCUCUCCACCUCGACACCUGAACCACAGGACACACAGCUGGACGCUGUGUACGUUGGCAUCGCCAUUGGACUGCUGCUGCUCGUCAUUGGAGUCGCCGUCUGCUCUCUGGCUUUAUGCAAGAAAAAAAGCUUAUUCAGAACAUCUGACCAGAUGGACAACAGGAUGAUGGAUAACCUGGCUUUUGACUGGGGAGCAGAGUCACUGGAUGAAAGACAAGUUGGUUGUCCCAGAGUUCACCCCAGGAAGAGUGCUGGUCAAGGGCUCUCCAUCAGUGUCUACCCCUGGAGGAGAGAGGUGGAGGGUUCAACCUGGAAAGGUGCCAAUCUGUCCUUCUCCAACCCACUGUACAAUUACCCCACUGACGCUAAUCGCACUGAGCACAAAAGCUCUGAUGCAUAAAAACAAUGGACUUCACGUAUUGACACUGCAGCAGGUUUGGGUCGGACUGAGUGUGCAAAUACUUAAUGAGUUUGUCCGGACUUGCUGAGACGCCAUGUAGAGGAUAACCACGCAAAGAAUUCCAAUAUUUUGCAAAGAGGGAGUUUGAAAGUCAGUUCUCAUCCGUCCAUCCGAUCAAUCCCAUAACCCUACCUGACCUUUUGUAAGACGCCAUUUACAGCAAAAUCAUUUUAAUGUUCUACGUGUUUCCCACACGAUAUGUUAAUGUGUGUUUGAAUAAACGCUAAAAGAUGUAUGAACAGAGCUCUAGGAAAGCCUAUGCUUUCUGAAUGUAAUAUAUUGCUAUUAAAACAUUGGAACAGCCACAGAGAUUGAACUGCGGGAGCUUUUUUCAACAACAACUGCAAACACUGUAUAAAACCUUAAAUACAUUAAUCAACCAUUCUGGAAAAUGUGCUCAUUCUUGAUCUUCAUGAAAGUGCAAAGAGGAUUAAUCACACUGUCGAGGGCCAGUUUGCUUAGCUUAGCUUAAAAUAAGGGAAACGUCUGACUCUGGCUAAGUUUAUAAAAUCCAUUCAUAGAGACAUUUACGAGUUCUGUGUGUAAGAAUUAGUGACAUCUAAUGCUGGGACUGCAGAUUAUAUUAAAUGGGGCAUUCUUAAACCUGAAAUCUAGUCUGCGUAGUUGAGACGCUGUAGAAACAAGGUGUAGCGUAAGAUAGUGGUCUCUGCAAGGCCAGGCCUCAGCACUUUCAGAAGUAAUUAGUCCGGACUUCAUUAGCUGCUUUAAUCCUCACAAGUGCAAGCAAAAAAAAAGAAGUUACAACCCUGUUUUAUUUGAAAAUUAAAAAAAUAUGUCACGAGUCAGCAUCCUGUGUGUCAACAAGCCCAGAGGAGAAGGGUCAUAAACAGCACAGUUAAAGCACUAGGUGAUAUUUAGUGAUUGUUCAGUCAUGGCUCUUUUCACACUCCAUGAGGAUUUACAUGACCAGGUCUAGUGUCUGUAAGAGAGCAUGCUUUCAUAUAGACAGCAUAUAGGUCUGGCUUUUAGUGUAUUUGUAUGAGGUCCUAACUUAUAGUCGAUGCCGACUUUGCUGUGUGCACCGGCCAAUCAUGGUGGUCUUGUCCCUCACGAGAAGCAGCCACUUGCCAAAUAAUAUCUAUACCUGCGUAAGUCUAUGAUAACGUCAUAGUUUAUUAUCACUUUAUCUCGUCUUUUUUGUAUACCACUCAAUAUCCCGCAAAGUCCAUAGAGGAAAUCUGUGUUUUUAGCUCAUGAGGACACGAAAGUCACAAAAUAACACAUCCAUUAACUACUCCUGUCUGUGGAGUUGUAGAAUCACUUCUCUAUGUACUUUGGUGUGAGUAGGGUGAGUAGUUAGUACACACUGACACAAACUUCAGUUUCCAGUCUGAUAAGGCUGUCUAACGGCUAAAUAUGGCGGCAGGCAUGUUCUUAAGAUAUUUGGAUGAGCCUUUUAGUAAGUGGCUCCCUACUGGCAGCGAUGUUUUUAGUGAAGUUGAGCAUCAGUGUAUUCCUGGAAAUGACGGCACACUGGAUGUCAGCGUUGAUAUAUGUCAAUGCCUCAUGAAACCACACUUCAAACAUGUAUCUUUAGUUAAAUCAACAUGGUCAAUUAUGCACAUAUUUCUUGUGAAGUUACUGGAAUACGGGCUUAGUCAGUCUAUACGCGUCCUGGUGCAGUCCAUGUCUGUUCAUGUCAUUACGGACAUUAAUGACGGAUUCUCUCAGUGGUAACGAACACGUUGCUUGAACACAUUUUCUUAUUUUUAAAGCUUCUUUUUGUGUUGGCUCACUUUCUAUACGUCCAGCCUUCUAUACCUCUGUCCCAUUUACAAUAAAUGACAGGUAAAUCUG